AUGAGCCAGGGAUAUGUGCCCCCAGGGCAAUUCGAGGAUCUCUUGAACCUGAUUCGCCAAGCCUCAGCAGCAUCCGAGCGCGCAAUGAACGCGGCAAAAUAUGCUGAGAUGGCAGCAUCUGCGGCUGGAGCUGCUGGACAACAAGCUGUGGUUCGUGCGAUGCACAUGGCGAACGCCCCGGGUGCGCCCACGGCACCUGUUGACGACGUGCCGCCUCCGCCUCCACCCCCGGCUGGUCCAAGCGCAAGGCGGGCCAGAGUUCAGCUUCCCGAACACGAUCAUGACGAUGGCCCUACAUACUAUCGCCUGGGCAUUGAUUACCCUAUCGACGCCAAUGACGACGAGGUGUUGCAGCAGUGUGCGCGCAUCAAGCUGCCUGGCCGUCGGAAGCUGGAAAACUUGGAAAUCGUGGGUGCGAAGCUGCGAAAGCUGUGCUUGGUGGCCAACUGUGUCGAGAAGAUUGAGAACCUGGAGAGCAACACAAACUUGGAACAUUUGGAGCUCUACCAGAACAUGGUCAAGAAAAUCGAGAACAUCAGCCAUUUGCACAACCUCACCGUAUUGGAUUUGUCUUUCAACAAAAUUCGGAGUACUGAGCCAUUGGCAUCAUGCCCUUUUGAGCAUUUAGAGAAGUUGUACCUGUCAAGCAACAAGAUCACGGACGUGGAAGGUCUAUUUCAUUUCUCUCGGCUGACAAUGCUGGAGUUGGGAUCGAACAGGAUCAGAAGCAUACCCACGCAGAUAUCUGCAUUGGUGAAUUUGCAAGAACUUUGGCUAGGAAAGAACAAGAUUGCCGACAUGUCCCUGCCGCCGCUACCUGCCCUGCGGCACUUGAGCUUGCAGAACAAUCGCUUAGAAAGUUGGAACGCAACUUUCUUCCAAAACCUUGCAGGUUUGACCCAUCUCUACUUGGGUCACAACAAUCUCCCUGAUCUUCCCGAGGAGUUCACAUUGCUGAUCAACCUAGUUGAGGUUGACCUUGUCAGGAACGCCAUUACUAAAAUCAAGCCAAUGCCAGAGCUGCAGAAGCUGGAAGAGCUGUGGUUGAAUGACAACAAGAUCGAGGAUUUAGCGCAGACUGCUCACCUGGCUUCAUUUCCCUCCUUGAAAACAAUAUACCUAGAGCGCAAUCCUAUGCAAGAUUUAGGUAACAAGGAGGCAGAGGAGAGAUACCGCGACGCAAUUCUGCAGGCAGUUCCCUACAUUCAGCAGCUUGAUGCUGAGAGGUUGAACCUUGAACUCAAGGUCAUUAGUGAUGGUACCGAGCGCCACGUCAUGGGCAUUCGACGAGCUUAG